AUGAAUUCCAUGAAUGCCCGUUUCAAGAACCUCGUGGGCUCGAAACGCAAGAGUUCAGCUGGCAAUCCGACUCCAUCACCACAGGGCAGCAUCGCCCCCACCGGACAGCAACGACCGACGUCGCUUUCACCGCAGGCUUCGAAUUCGAGCAGCUCCUCGCUCCCGAUGAAUCAGCAAAAUCCCCUGGGCCGCCCGCCCUCGUACACGUACGCGCAGUCUGGCGGCCUCGGUGCGCCCAACCAGCAGCAUGGCCGACCUGCCAGCCCUCUCCCACCCAUCAACACAGGCGCACCGGGAGGCUAUCCGCCGCAACAGCCCAUGGGCUACCCCCCGCAGGGAGGACCGCCUGGCUAUCCCGCCGCGCCCGGAGGAGGACAGUACGGGCAGGCAUACGGUGCACCCCCGCCCAACCCGGGUGUGCCUCUUGGGCCGCCAGCGCAAUACAGACCGCCUGGGCACACGGGCGAGCUGCAGGGCGAGGGCCGCUCCAAGGCGCAGCUGAUUGUCGGUAUCGAUUUCGUGAGUAUCGCCAUGUCUCGGGGCACUACCUUUUCCGGCGUUGCAUUCGCCUUUGCUACCAACACCGAGGCCAAGGAAGACAUAAUCACUGAAUGGCCCGGCGCGGGAAAUCAGACAAAGCAAAAGAUCCCCACCGUAUUGUACUACGAUCAGUACCAGAAGGUUGUAGGAUGGGGACCAGACAUUGCCGACGCAUUGGCUCCGACCGGCUACCCCAAGCCUGGCGUGCAAAAGGUGGAAUGGUUCAAGCUGCAGCUCAUGCUGUCUGGCAACACAUACAUCGACCCCAUCAACCUGCCGCCUCUACCCCCGGGCAAGUCAGAAAUCGACGUGGCCGCCGACUACCUCUUCCACCUCCGACAGGCGAUGCGAAACCAGCUGCAAAAGACGCUGGGUGAAGUUUUCAACCGUGAAGAGCGCAACAUCAGAUACUACCUGACCGUGCCCGCCAUCUGGAAUGAUGCUGGAAAGGCCGCAACACGUGCCGCAGCCAUCCAGGCUGGAUUCCUCCGUGACGAGAACGACAACAGGUUGACACUUAUCACCGAGCCGGAAGCUGCCGCUAUGUUUUGCUCAAAGACUGGUCUUCUAAACCUCAAGAUCCACGACGCCGUCCUCAUCGUCGAUUGUGGUGGUGGUACUGUCGAUUUGAUUGCGUACGAGGUCGAGGAAGAGCAGCCAUUCUCCGUGGCUGAGUGCACAGCAGGAUCCGGUGACUCUUGCGGUUCAACGGCCCUCAACCGAAACUUCAGUAACAUUCUGCGCGCCAAGAUACGGAAGAUGAAGCUCCCUGACGGUUCCAAGACUGCCGGCAAAGUAUACGCAAAAUGCAUCAUGGACUUUGAGAACAGGAUAAAGGCCGACUUCCGAAACAACGGUCAAAAGUGGGCGGUCGAUGUUGGUAUUGAGGCCGAGUUCCCAGAGGCUGGCAUCGAGGAGGGUUACAUGACAUUUACAAACGAGGAGAUUCUGCAGUGCUUCGAGCCUGUAGUAAACCGAAUCUUGGAACUUGUUAGGAACCAGAUCAUUGCCAUCCAGGCGCAAAACAGGGCAUUACAGGUGAGUCGAGAUCAUCAGCAUCCAAGGAUCGUCCGACCCAUGGACUCUGUCGCUGCCAUCGUCAAGGGUGCCGUCACCGCCGACGGCAAGGACCGAUGCAAAUACACGCGCCAAAUAUUCGUGCAAAAAGGUCAGCGUGUCAAGAUCGGCGAGCCCGUCAAAGUCUCUUUCUUCCGCCAAGUCGCCCCCGGUGCCACGCUCAUGUACGAAGGACAUACUCUACGCCUGCGACGACGACGCAUCAAGGAAGUCGUAACCCUAACGUCUGACCUCUCACGCAAAAACCUCGAAAAGGACUUUGAACGCAUGGACACGCCCCAAGGCACCUUUUACCGCGUCUACUUCGACAUCUACCUCACGCUCGACGGCUCGGAAUUCAACGCCGAGCUUGUCUGCCAGGGCGAAGUCAUGGGUCGCUGCACUGCGAGAUUUAGGUAG